AUGGCUUUCCUUCGGCCCCCGGUGAUACUCCUUGAGCAAGUUCCGGGCUUUAGACAGCACAAGCAUUACAGCGUGGUUGAGGCAGCCUGGACUGAAGCUGGCUACCAAGUUGCCUGGAUGGGCAUGAGUGACUUGCUUGAGUGUGCCCCGGUCUCCCGCAAGCGCUUCCUUGUCGUGCUGCGCCGCAAUGAUCUUGAGGCCAGAUGCAUUACUAUGGACACGCCGGUCCUGCCGCCCCGGCCUACGCUUAGCAGCUUUGACUGCCUACUUGAUCUGCCUGCUGAAAUGCAAAAGGCGUGCCACUUACCUGAAGAGGUAAUGCAGAUGUACCUGGACCCUUGGUUCAUGCCCCCUCGCAUGCAUGCUGCCACGCGCCCCCAGGAUCCUAAGAGCUUUCGGUUCCGUACUCCCUCUGACAGAGCGGCGUGCUUUGUUGCCCAGUACCACUACCAACACGAGUUGGCGACGGGUGCCUUGGAACGUGCCGGCUUGUACGGGGUGCUCCUGUCCCUUCCGCAGGGAGCCAGAUUCUUCAGCGGUGCGGAAAUUGCAUUGAUCCACGGGGCGGUCUGCCCUAUCUGGCUGCCAAAAGACGACCGCCAGCAGAUGGUGUUGCUCGGAAAUGGCCUCUCCCCUCUCCAUGCAGUCGUACCACUUGCCUUCGCCCUCCAGAUUGUUGGCCCCAGGUCUUUGCAGGUGUCAAAUGCACAGGCGCUUCUUCAAUGCUUGGCCAUGCGUAUGAGGGCGUCUCAGGCUGCCCUUUUGCCUUUGCGUGACGGCUGGGUCCUUCAUCGCCGGGGUGAGGCUUUUGAGGCUGUGGCUGAUGCCUUGCCGUGGCACACACGUCAACUUCGCCCGCCAAAGGGGCGCACCUUUGGCAGGUUUGAGAUGUAUGAUGAGGCCGAUGUUUGCCAAAUUGUCUUGGCCCCUGAUGUUUCGAUCACCGCCCUUUUGUCCUGUCUGGGCCACGAGUUUCCGGAUGAGUGCCUUGAGCAACUUCACUUGUGCCCGGUCCCCCUGGACCAGCCCUUGGCCCCUUCACUGGACUUGCCAGGAGAAUCUUGUCUUCAAUUUGAGUCGCUGCCAACCCUCCCCUUUGUGCCCUUGCAAGCUGCAGCUGAGCAAGAUCUGUUGGUUGUCAUUGGGCGCCGGGCUUACUACUUCCUGCUCAGAGGGGGUCCUCUCUUCUACUGGGCUAUGGCCCAAACACAGGCCUUGGAAGGUUGGCGCGAGGCCGAAUUCUUCGAGGAGGAAGCCUGGACUACGCUCGAGGGCCACCGCAUUAAAGGCAGGGAUGACUUGCAUGGGAUGGUUCACUUCAGGGUUGCUGAUCCUUUCCAGUCUUCCGGCCAGGUUUCCUUGGAUCAGCUUUCUGCAUUCACCACAUUGAGUGCCGUGGCCCCGCCCAGCAUCCGCAUCACCGGCCCAGAUGCUGUACCACUCUGCAAAGGCUUCCCGGCCCCACUCUUCCUGUCCCUGGGCUGGAGUAUCAACUUGCUACCGACCGUUGAUAACGAGUCUCUGAGAGCCGACUUGGUGUUCGUUCCUUGCAAGGACAGGUUCAGGCUUCCAGAACACCAGGUGCUGCCGACCUGCGCCAAGCAUCUCCUGGCAGGGCUUUUUCGGGCCAUGGAAUCGGUGGCGGUCAACAAUCUUGAGCCAAGCACGGCAUGCAAGGUCCAGGUUGAGGGACGUACUUUCUGGCAAGGCUUUCUACCUGCCGGCCUUGAGUUUUCUGAGUUGGGUGACUUGUGGGAUGCCGCCUGCGGUGCUGUGAACAUGCCGGUCCCGUCUCGGGUCUUCUCAGGCCCUCGCCAGGUGUCACCGGCCGUAUGCUUAGGCCAGGCUUGCCAGGGUCCCCUGCCGCCGGGUUUCGUCAACAAGGCGGGUUGGCUUCUCAUUUCUUUCAUGCCUGAAACAAGAGGCGGAGGGGCUAAGGACAUUAAGUACAAAACUGCCCAGACGGAUAUGGCCCAGCUGCUCCUCGACCAGGGACUUUCCCUGAGUCAGACAACUGCCAUUGUGGACAAGCUUUUGCCACUAGCUGGCCUUCCUCGAGUUCAGCGAGUUUUUGACCUUAGCGAUCCCGACCAUAGGUGGCAUCAGCUCCAGGUCCUCUGCAAGCAGUUCAGUGUCCCAGUUCCUGAGGCCGUUUCCGGUGCCACAAAGGCUCUUAUGUCUACGGCGGCUGAGGCCACACGCCGUCGCAUACGUGCCGAGCCCAAGCCCAAGGCGGCUGAUUUUGCACUCUUGCCAGGAUUCUUCCGAAAUGCUGAUGGCACACCGGCUGCCGUUCUCAGUCAGUUGAUGCCGGGCGCCAGUGGUGUUUACUUGUGCGAUUCCGGCGACGCCAACCGUCUACUGCAGGAUUGGGCUGGCAACUGUAAUGAUGAAUUGGGCCUUGCCACUGUGGUGUCCCUGCAACUACUACCUCUGGAAAUCAGGUCCUCGUGCAUGCCUGUUGGCACAAUCUUGGCAAGGCACGCGAAGUGCGACAAGGAUGCCACCGUUGCAUUGCCCGAAGCCACAUGCAUUUGCGCCACGGUCUUCAAAGAUGAAUUUGCGGCCGCUGACUGGCAGUGCCUCACCCAGAACCCCGUCCGAUUGAUCGCCGAUAAACUUCGUGCCAGCGGCUCUACCGUUAGCCUAGAAGCUCCCUGGGGCCGCAGCUUUCGGAAAAAUGGCAAGGCCUGCCCGCCGGCUGACUGUGAGUCCAUACAGUUCCACUGUCGUGUACAAACAGGAGAGCUCUUGCAGCUCCUCAGGUGCUCUGGCCAUUCACAGGUGUACCUCACGCCUAAGACUUGGCAAGGUGAAAUUGCAAAAGGCUACGCAGUUGUUUGGGCCCCGGGUGAAAAAGACGAGGUUGCGCGUUUGAGCCUCCAGGUGCCUGAUCCUCUUGGCUUGGUCGGAGCCAAACGUCGCUUCGGGAUUCGAGUUGCUGAGGCCGCGUUCGAAGCAGCAUGGGCCAUCGUACGCCCCCACCAGGAUGCCCCGCCAAAGGUUGAGGUCACAGGCUUGUACAAGCUGCUAUCGGCCCCUCCCCAGGUCCGAGGAACCGACAUACAGGAUUGGGCCAAGCAGAUGGGUUGGGAUGUCCGUCCACUUCGCUGCAUGGGCCCGGGUCAAUGGCUUCUCGGCGCUGGUGGCCCGCCUCCCGCAGGCCUUCUUUCCAUCAAUCAGCAGGCCGUACUGGUCCAAGCAGUUGCCCCCCGGCAGUCAGCAAGGCCUGUUGUUUGCGCCGGCCGGGCUCCCCGCCCUUCCACAGGAUCUACUACCACUCAAGGGCCGGACGAGGAUCCUUUGGCUGCAAAUGAUCCAUGGCGCAGCUACCUGACUGCACAUGGGCGGCCCAUCGCUGCCCCCGCCGCCUCCGGCCCUCGCCAGGUUGAGGCCCCGCAUCAGCAGAGAUAUGACCAGCAGGAGACGCGCCUCCAGAAACUUGAGGCAGGACUGGAGGAAGUCCGACGUGGCCACACCGCCAUGGCACAGCAGCUCGCCACUACGCAGACGGUGGUCGAGCAACAGGUUGAUCAGGUCAAAGGCGAAAUGAACCAGUUUGCCAAGGACUUCCAGCAGCAACUCCAGGCAAAUGCCGAGCAGCAGCGUCAGGCCCAACUAGCCCACCAGGUGCAAAUGCAGUCUGGCUUCGAGGACAUCAAGGCCAUGCUCACAAGGCGCGCGAGCCCACAAAAGCGCCCAGCUGAGCUGCCUGAGAUGGGUGGGCAAGAUGACCUGUGA